AUGAAAUAUAAUCCAGAUGGUACAGUGAAUCGUUACAAAGCACGUCUCGUUGCCAAAGGGUACAAUCAAAAAGCUGGUCUUGAUUAUGAGGAGACAUUCAGUCCUGUAAUCAAAUCUACCACAAUCCGUAUUGUUCUUGAUGUAGCUGUGGGUUGUGAUUGGCCAAUCCGACAACUCGACGUCAACAACGCUUUUCUUCAAGGUACUCUACAAGAGGAGGUGUAUAUGUGUCAGCCACCAGGUUUUGUAGAUGCUGAUAGACCUGACUAUGUUUGCAAGUUACGGAAAGCAAUCUAUGGCCUCAAACAGGCUCCUCGUGCGUGGUAUCUUGAACUACGCAACUAUCUUCUCACUGUCGGGUUUGUCAAUUCUAUUGCUGAUACUUCUUUGUUCAUUCUGCGUCGUGGUCAAUCAAUUCUCUACAUGCUAGUCUAUGUAGAUGAUAUUUUAGUCACAGGAAAUGAUGUCGCUCUUCUCAAUAUGACACUCGAUGCGCUUGCAACAAGGUUCUCCGUUAAAGAUCAUGAAGAGUUACACUAUUUUCUGAGGGUAGAAGCCAUUCGUGUUCCAACUGGCCUCCAUCUCAACCAACGAAAGUAUAUACUGGAUCUCCUAGCUCGGACGAAUAUGCUUGAAGCUAAACCAGUGCACACGCCUAUGGCCACAUCACCUAAACUGACGAUCACCUCCGGCAUUCCUCUCGUUGAUCCGUCUCAAUAUCGCAGUGUGGUUGGGAGUUUACAAUACCUUGCGUUUACCCAUCCUGAUAUAUCGUUCGUUGUAAAUCGUCUCUCGCAGCUUAUGCACUCGCCUACUGACCAUCACUGGCAAGCUACAAAACGCUUAUUACGAUAUCUCAAAGGGACUACAACUCAUGGUAUUUUUCUCAAACGCAACAAUCUUCUAUCUUUACAUGCAUACUCGGAUGCGGAUUGGACAGGUGAUUCAGUGGAUUAUGUUUCUACGAAUGGUUAUAUCACGUAUCUUGGUUAUUCUCCUGUGUCUUGGUCAUCUAAGAAGCAAAAUGGUGUUACACGAUCAUCAACCGAGGCUGAGUAUCGAUCUGUUGCAAACACCUCGUCUGAGCUACGGUGGAUAUAUUGCUGGAAUAUCAAAACAAGGCUGCAAAAUGGGAUUUCUAUGUCUUUGGAUGAUUCAUGA